AUGUCCUCAUUUGAACCAGUUGUUGUCAUCGACGGUAAGGGCCACUUAUUGGGUCGUUUGGCUUCUAUCAUUGCCAAGCAAGUCUUGAACGGUCAAAAGGUUGUCGUCGUCAGAUGUGAAGCCUUGAACAUUUCUGGUGAAUUCUUCAGAAACAAGCUUAAGUACCACGACUACUUGAGAAAGAAGACCAGAUACAACCGUCACCAUGGUCCUUUCCAUUUCAGAGCCCCAUCCAGAAUCUUAUACAAGGCCAUCAGAGGUAUGAUUCCCCACAAGACUGCCAGAGGUAAAGCAGCUUUGGAAAGACUUAAGGUUUUUGAAGGUGUGCCUCCACCAUACGACAAGAAGAAGAGAGUUGUUGUCCCACAAGCUUUGAGAGUCUUGAGAUUGAAGCCUGGUAGAAAGUACACCACUGUUGGUAAGUUGUCUGCUUCUGUCGGUUGGAAGUACGAAUCUGUUGUCGACAAGUUGGAAGAAAAGAGAAAGUUGAGAUCUGCUGAAUACUAUGCUAAGAAGAGAGCUUUGAACAAGAAGGUUGCUGCUGCAAAGGCUUCUGUUGUUGACUCUGAAGCUUCUAAGCAAUUGGCUGCUUUUGGUUACUAA